CUUCUACUUGCAGCACGCACCAAAAGUGUUCUUUAGUUUUUGCUAAGCAUUAAAUUUUUUGUAAUACACGUGAAAUGGAGCCAGGGCAAACCGAUACUGGAAAAACCAACGAUAUGGCCCAAGCCGCACACAGCGGAGCCUCCAACGAUGAGUUUUUCGAAGCGUUUAGCCCUUCCCAGCUCCAACAACCCCCAGCCACGCACAUCGACCGGUUUGAGCGACUAGAAUUGCCACCUUUUUGGAGCCAGCAAAUUCAACUGUGGUUUGUCGCAAUCGAGGCGCAGUUUCAGCUUAGGAAGAUUACUGCGGACACAACUAAAUAUUAUGCAGUGGUCGCCCGCCUCGACCAAGACUCACUCAUCACGGUGGAAAGCAUUAUUUCAAAUCCACCCGAAACAGAUAAGUAUGCUACAUUAAAGGAGGCACUUAUCAACCACUUUGCAAUUCCUCAGGAGCGCCGCUUUAAGAUGCUGUUAUCUGGUAUGGAGCUGAGAGAACGACGCCCCUCUGAACUCCUGGCAGAAAUCAAUCGGCUGGGAGGAAACCAUUUGGACGCAGCAUUCGUCCGCACUAUCUGGCUCGACCGUCUUCCGCUGCAGAUUCAGUUGGCCCUCACUGCCACGGGUGAGCUGGACAACGCUAGGCUUGCACAAUUAGCAAACAAUCUUAUGGAGAUUCAGCGCAACUCCGAAAACCACUGCGUAAUGCCAGUCGCUCACAAGUCUGACAGUAGUAGCGGAAUGCAAAAACAACUCGACGACUUAGCGAAGCAGGUCGAGAAACUAGUACUCAAACUUAACCAAUCAGCGUCGGUCGAGAAUAGUCGUAAGCACCCUAACAACACGGCGAACGUAUCGCGCAGCACUGACGCUAGCGCCACACCAUUAAAUUGCUACUACCACCGCAGAUUUGGUGCACGUGCCAACAAGUGCACACAACCUUGCGCUUUCCAGGGAAACACAAAUCGCCCCCAGUAGACACGGCGGAUACUGGUGGCAAGACAAUACCCCGCCGAUUAUUCGUAUACGACCGCACAAUAGGGACGAAAUUCCUCGUCGACACCGGCGCGGAUAUUUCGGUUACCCCACCUUCUCGUAAAGACAAAACAACACCAACGCACUUUCGACUCCAAGCAGCAAACGGAAGCAAAAUAGAAACUUACGGCGAGAAAGUGCUCGUCCUCAACAUCGGGCUACGGCGACCGAUCCGUUGGGUAUUUCGCAUAGCUAACGUGCCUUACCCAAUUAUCGGUGCAGAUUUGAUCCAUGAAUUUGGUCUUAUAGUGGACCUCAAAUGCGGUCGCUUAAUAGACCCUAACUCAGGAUCGCAUAGCAUAGGCUCGUAUGCCACCGCUCCUGUCACAGCUGUCACAGCCCUCACCGAGGUUAACAAAUUUACGGCUAUCCUCAAGGAUUUCCCGGAGCUUCUCGGCAAUCCUUCCAACCGCACGGCAACCAAGCAUGCCGUCAAGCAUUUUAUACCAACCACUGGGCCGCCAAGUGUUCAACGCGUCCGUCAAUUAUGCCCUGA